CGGUGGAGGCCCACGUCCGACAGAGCUGCCGGCUGCCGACAGCGUGCAACGCCCCCGACAUGGGGGGCAAGGGCGUCGCGACGGUGUCCCAUCACUGUCGACUAUCCUCCGCCACCGUCGUACUUCUCAUAGUGAUCAUCAACGUGCUCAGCAUAUCAGGAGCCGCAGGUGUGGUCUGGGAGCAGUGGUGGACCUACAACGGCAUUUCAGGUACCGAGUUUUGGGGUCUGUUCAACCCCGAGUGGAGUAUGUGCAGCAAUGGCAGGCGGCAGUCUCCAAUCAAUGUGGAGCCGGAUUCCCUGCUGUUCGACCCGCACCUCCGCUACGUGCACAUCGACAAGGCCACGGUGUCUGGUCAUUUGAAGAACUCUGGCCAUGGUGUUGUAUUUAGUAUAUCAGAAGAGGACCGAGGGCGUGUUAACAUUACUGGAGCGUCACUCAGUUACAGCUACCAACUGGAGGAGGCGCACAUCCAUUUCGGGAUGAGGAACACGGACGGCUCCGAGCACCAGAUCUCGGGCCGAGCCUUCCCCGCUGAGAUUCAGCUCGUGGGGUUUAACGCCAUCUAUUCAAACCUGACGGUAGCAUCGUCCAAAAAUCAUGGGGUGGUCGUGGUUUCUAUUCUUGUUCAGCACGGCACGACGCCGAACCCCGAACUGCUGCGAUUCACAGAGGCAAGCAGCGCCAUUCCGUACAGAGACGACGUCGUGUCGCUGUCAAACGUCACGCUGAGUGGACUGCUGCCCCAGACCGAGUUCUACCUCACCUACGAGGGCUCUCUGACCUGGCCGGCCUGCUUCGAGACCGUCACCUGGAUCCUGAUGAACAAGCCCAUCUACAUCACCGUUCGGCAGCUGGAGCAGCUCCGCACGCUGAGCCAGAGCCUGGUCUCGGAGACGCCCAAGUCGCCGCUGGGCGACAAUUACCGGAAGCCGCAGCCGCUGUACCACCGGCCCGUGCGGACCAAUAUCGACUUCACCGGCGCAGAGGGAGCAUCGUGUCCGACAAUGCACGAGGACAAACACUAUGUCGCCAACAGAUGGUUGGGUACGUAAUUCGCCCACUAAUCGCUUAUUUGAGCCCAGGUCUAAGCUCACCUGGUGCUCCGGCGUUGUUGCCACUAUCAUACGUGUUGUUAUCCCUUUAGACACGGUGGUGAUAACCUACUAACGGGGCCGAUAACUGGCUGAUGUAAGCGGGGUUUGAAAAUGGACGCGAAUGGAGUCAUUUGAAAUGGAUUGACAGGGAUAUCAGCGAACACAUAUCAUUUGUUUGAUGCUGCUAGACUGAUACCACCGGUAUAAAUUGUGUGUGAUGUGGACUUAGUGAUCAACCGGCGGUGUCAUUUAAUCGGCUUUGACCCCGACUUACCGCGUCCUCCGGUAGCCAGCAAUGGCAGCAUGUUGUCUCCGUGUUAAAGCCAAAGGAAUCGUGACACUUUCGCCGUUGAUUGAUGUUUGUGUGAUAUAUAACAUAUCAAUUGUGUCGAUGUUUGGGUGAGAUUUGUCUGUUGCUCCUUUGAUGGUGAAUCACCAGACGCAAAUAAACGUUAAGUAGUUAGGCUCCGUCGGCGGGG